GCUCUUGUUGAUAAUAUUUGGACAAGAUUUAAUGGAUACAAGUUGGAUAAUGGUGAUAAAUGCAAAACUUUUGCUUGUAGGUUUUCAAAGCCCAAGAAAUCAAGUGAAAGAAAAGAAAAUGUUCUUUUUGAAAAGUUUCGUAUAACCUCAAAACACCCCACUAUUGAUUGUAAAGCUAGAAUUAAAAUAACAUGGUUAAUAGUAAUAAAUAUAGUUAGAAUUGAGAGAGUAAGAGUAUAA